UUAAUCGAUGCGUCUCGACGCAUUUUGCUUUUUGCUCCGUGACGCAAAAAGAGGUCUUAAUAAAGCAAGCGAGACUGCCUGAGUCGGUGUGUACUUUCAACCUUUCGCAUGAACCCCGCGCGCGUCCCGCCCGCCUCCUGUGUUGGAUAACGACUUGGGGUGACUCGUUCUUCUGCCUCGUUUUAUCAUAUAUUCAGUUGCUGUAGUUUUGCAGAGACGACGGAGAAAGAAGAAGAGGAAGAAGAGUGUCUCUGUGUUCUUAUUAAUGGAAACUACACUGUCUUACGUUCAGUCCUGUUAGUUUAAUGUAGAGAUAUUGAUUUGACCUGGGAUGAGUGAUUGGAGGACUUGAAUGAGACGGUUUUUUUUUUUUUUUUUUAAAUUCGUCUUCUGAUUUCGAGUCCGUAGAAGCAGCGAUAAACAGAAGAGUUUUUUUUUUUUUUUUUAAGAAACAGAGGCGGCAAGAGAAGAGAUGGCGAAGGAGGAGGGGGGAAAUGUUGGUGCCAAGAUAAAGAUUGGCGUCUGCGUCAUGGAAAAGAAGGUGAAAUGCGGCUCGGAGGUGUUUUCGGGUCCCAUGAAGCAGAUUCUUGAGAGGCUAGAGGCGUUUGGUGAAUUUCAGAUGAUAUUUUUUGGCGACAAAACUAUUCUUGAGGAUCCGGUAGAGAGUUGGCCAAUAUGUGAUUGCUUGAUUGCUUUCUACUCAUCUGGGUAUCCCCUUGAAAAAGCUGAAGCAUAUGCUGCUUUGCGGAAGCCAUUUUUGGUAAAUGAAUUGGAACCCCAACACCUUCUUCAUGACAGAAGGAAGGUAUAUGAGCGUCUUGAAAUGUAUGGAAUUCCUGUUCCAAGAUAUGCUCUUGUAAAUAGGGAAGUCCCUUAUGAAGAGGUGGAUUAUUUUGUUGAACAAGAAGAUUUUGUUGAGGUUCAUGGGAAACGCUUCUGGAAGCCAUUUGUGGAGAAGCCUAUUGAUGGUGAUGAUCACAGCAUAAUGAUAUACUAUCCAAGUUCUGCAGGUGGAGGUAUGAAGGAACUGUUUCGUAAGGUUGGAAACCGAUCUAGUGAAUUUCAUCCAGAGGUUAGACGAGUGAGACGUGAAAGCUCUUAUAUAUACGAGGAGUUCAUGCCUACAGGAGGAACAGAUGUCAAGGUGUACACAGUUGGUCCAGAAUAUGCACAUGCUGAGGCAAGGAAGUCUCCUGUUGUUGAUGGUGUUGUUAUGAGGAACCAUGAUGGAAAGGAAGUGAGGUAUCCUGUAUUACUGACUCCAACUGAGAAGCAAAUGGCAAGAGAUGUUUGCAUUGCAUUUCGGCAAGCGGUGUGUGGAUUUGAUCUCUUACGUUGUGAGGGACGAUCAUAUGUUUGUGAUGUGAAUGGAUGGAGUUUUGUGAAGAACUCUCACAAGUAUUAUGAUGAUGCUGCCUGUGUACUAAGGAAAAUGCUCCUAGAUGCCAAGGCACCCCAUCUUUCUUCAACUAUUCCACCAACCCUGCCAUGGAAGGUCAAUGAACCAAUCCAACCUUCUGAGGGAUUGACACGCCAGGGGAGUGGAAUUAUUGGCACAUUUGGGCAGUCAGAGGAGCUACGAUGUGUCAUUGCUGUUAUCCGCCAUGGUGAUCGGACUCCCAAACAGAAAGUGAAGUUGAAGGUUACAGAAGAAAAGCUGUUAAAUUUGAUGUUAAAAUAUAAUGGUGGGAGGCCAAGAUGUGAGACAAAACUGAAAAGUGCUGUUCAGUUGCAAGAUUUGUUGGAUGCAACACGAAUGCUGGUACCUCGUAAAAGGUGUGGUCGUGAAAGUGAUAGUGAUGCAGAAGACAUUGAACAUGCUGAAAAACUUCUACAAGUUAAAGCAGUACUUGAGGAGGGUGGGCAUUUUUCUGGCAUUUAUAGGAAAGUCCAACUAAAGCCAUUAAAAUGGAUUAAGGUUCCAAAAAGUAAUGGUGAAGGUGAAGAAGAACGCCCUGUCGAAGCUUUGAUGGUUCUCAAAUAUGGUGGUGUUCUUACUCAUGCUGGUAGAAAGCAGGCAGAAGAACUGGGCAGAUAUUUCAGAAACAAUAUUUAUCCAGGUGAAGGUACAGGCUUGCUUCGCCUGCAUAGUACUUAUCGUCAUGAUCUGAAAAUAUACAGCUCAGAUGAGGGUCGUGUUCAGAUGUCUGCAGCUGCAUUUGCCAAAGGCCUUCUUGACUUGGAGGGCCAAUUAACUCCAAUACUGGUCUCACUUGUGAGUAAAGACUCUUCUAUGCUGGAUGGACUUGACAAUGCUAGCAUUGAGAUGGAAGAAGCCAAGGCUAGGUUGAAUGAAAUCAUAACUUCGGGUGCAAAGAGAGUGCACAGUAAUGGAUCUGCUGAAUAUCCUUGGAUGGUUGAUGGUGUUGGCCUGCCUUCUAACGCUUCUCAACUCCUACCAGAAUUGGUAAAAUUGACUAAGAAAGUAACAGCACAAGUGAAACUACUUGCUCAAGAUGAAGAUGAGAAACUUGCAAACACAAGCUCAUAUGCAGUUCUUCCUCCAUACGACCAAGCAAAGGCUCUGGGCAAGAUAAAUAUCGAUGUUGAUCGUAUUGCUUCUGGGUUACCUUGUGGCAGUGAAGGUUUCCUUUUAAUGUUUGCUCGCUGGAAAAAGCUUGAAAGAGAUUUGUAUAAUGAACGCAAGGACCGUUUUGACAUAACACAGAUUCCAGAUGUUUAUGAUUCUUGCAAGUAUGAUCUCUUGCAUAAUGCACAUCUUAAUCUAGAAGGACUGGACGAGCUCUUCAAAGUGGCUCAGUUACUGGCAGAUGGUGUUAUCCCAAAUGAGUAUGGAAUAAAUCCGAAGCAAAAGCUCAAAAUCGGCUCAAAGAUUGCCCGUCGUUUGUUGGGUAAAAUUUUGAUUGAUCUACGGAAUACUCGUGAAGAAGCAAUCAGUGUUGCUGAACUAAAAAGUAGUCAAGAUCAGAAUUCAAAAUCCACUGAUUAUCAAUCAAAAUCUCAGAUGAAGAGUGAGGACAUAAGGAGAUCAAGUUCUACAAAUGAAAAGUCACUUGACCAGGAUGACGAUGACGAUAAAGAGACCAAAUACCGUUUGGAUCCAAAGUAUGCCAAUGUCAGGACACCUGAACGACAUGUACGUACCCGCCUUUAUUUCACAUCAGAAUCACAUAUACACUCUUUAAUGAAUGUUCUCCGUUACUGUAACUUGGAUGAAUUACUGCAAGGAGAAGAUAGCCUUGUCUGCCAUUCUGCUUUAGAGCGUUUGUUCAAAACAAAGGAACUUGACUACAUGAGUUAUAUUGUGUUGAGGAUGUUCGAAAAUACAGAGGUGGCUUUGGAAGACCCAAAAAGGUAUCGCAUAGAGUUGACAUUCAGCCGUGGUGCAGACUUAAGCCCUCUGGAGAACGAGAAUGAUGAUGAGGCUGCUUCCUUGCAUCAAGAGCACACAUUGCCAAUAAUGGGCCCAGAAAGGCUGCAAGAAGUAGGUUCAUAUCUCACUCUAGAGAAGAUGGAGAAAAUGAUUCGUCCAUUUGCCAUGCCGGCAGAGGAUUUCCCACCAACACCUCAGGGCUUCACAGGUUACUUCUCAAAAAGUGCAGGAGUGCUUGAGCGGUUGGUGAAUCUGUGGCGUUUCCACAAGAACGCUCCCACUAAUGUGAAGUAGAUAUUAUAUUACCGUUCAAGUUUUGUCUUUUUCCUUGUUAUUUUUAUUAUUCUCUUACUUUUCUCCAUCUUGCAUUCUAUCAUGCAUAGAGCACUGAUACCUGAGCAAUGUCAAUUUUGUCACAUUCUUUUGGUAUUUUUUUGAAAAAAUAUGUAGAGAGAGAGAGAGCAAUGUUGGAAGCAAAAGCUACCAUGAUGGUAAUUAACAAUUUUCCAACCUUGUCAAUGGCAGCCAAUGCAUGAUUGUUGAUUGUUGUUGUAUCC